AUGCCACUUGCACAUCUUGGUCAACCAUUCCUGAAGGCAAGCGAUGUCACGAAUGAGUUAAAGUGCAUAUCUAUAGAUGACGCACCGGAUGUUGGUUGUCAAAAGGUCGAUGUUGCCGAGGUUGAAGUGAAUAUUGAAAAACUAGCCCACAAUACAGAAAAAGUCGAUCCAUCAUGUUUUGAUCUGCUUUACGUCAUUGGUCAAGGGUCUUUUGGGAAGGUAUUUCUUGUGAGGAAAAACAAUGGAAAUGAUAAAGGAACUUUGUAUGCAAUGAAAGUACUAAAGAAGGCUGUUUUGAAAGUUCGUGAUAGAUUGAGGACAAAGCUAGAAAGAGAUAUUUUAACUAGAAUUAAGCAUCCAUACAUUGUUGAUUUGCAUUAUGCUUUUCAAACUGAGGGAACGGUGUAUCUUAUCCUGGAAUUUUUAAGGGGAGGGGAUCUUUUCUCCCGCUUGUCCAAAGAGUACAUGUUUACAGAAGACGAUGUGAAAUUCUAUUUGGCUGAAAUUGCAUUGGCUCUCAACUAUUUACAUAGUCACGGGAUAGUUUACAGAGACCUAAAACCUGAAAAUGUUCUACUGAAUGAAGAUGGUCAUGUACGUUUAACUGAUUUUGGCCUAUCAAAGGAGUCAAUUUUUGAAUCUGCUGGUGACCGAACGUAUUCAUUUUGUGGAACAGUUGAAUAUAUGGCUCCAGAAGUUGUAAGUAGACAUGAACAUGGUACCGCUGCCGAUUGGUGGAGUUUCGGAGUACUUAUGUACGAAUUACUUACUGGUAUGCUGCCUUUUCAUAGUGAGAGUAGAAAAGAUACAAUGCAAAUGAUUUUAAAAGCUAAAUUAUCAAUGCCACAGUUUCUUAGUCCUUCAGCUCAAAGUUUACUACGUGCUCUUUUCAAACGAACUCCAUCGAAUCGGCUAGGAUAUGGACCUGAUGGAUUUGAACAUUUAAAAAAUCAUGAAUUUUUCAAUACAAUCAAUUGGGAUGAUUUACUAAAUGGUUGUAUUCAACCACCAUUUAAACCUCCUUGCUCAUCAAUUAAUGACAUCCUAAAUUUCGAUUCAGAAUAUACAUCACGUACACCACAUGACUCGCCAUGUUCACCAGCCAGUGCAUCAGCGCAUGCGUUAUUUCGUGAAUUCAGUUAUAUAGCUCCUGGAUUUUUUGCAGAGCAUAAUGAUAAUCAUAAUACCACAACUACAAAUAAUUGCAACAACCAUGUUAACCUUAAUAAAGAAGAAUUGAAUGGAACAAAUAUCACUUGUUUGAGUUCACCGAAAGAAAAAUUCAAUUAUAGUUCUCGACACGAUGAUGAUCGUGCAAAUCCAGUACAUGUUCCAGAAGAUCUUCCACCCUUAACUCCUACAGUGGCAAGACGUUUUCUUCGCUUAGUUGGCUUGUCAGGUGUAAAAUAUAAACCAUUUUCAGUAGAUUAUGUCUUAUUAGAGGAAAUCGGUAAAGGCUCUUUUUCAGUUGUACAUAAGUGCUGUCAUCGAAAUACAAAUGCUGUUUGCUCUGUUAAGAUUAUUGAUAAAUCAAAACGGGAUGCCCGUGAAGAAGUUGAAAUAUUGCUUAGACACCAUAAUCAUCCAAAUAUUGUUUCCGUUCGAGAUGUUUAUGAAAAUGAGAAUUUAGUUUAUCUUGUUAUGGAAUAUUUAAAAGGUGGUGAAUUAUUGGAUAAAAUUUUCCGAGAAAAAUUUCUUUCUGAACGUGAAGCUAGUAAUAUCACUUAUGUGAUUGCAAAUACUUUAAGUUAUUUACACAGUAAUAUGGUUGUCCAUCGUGAUCUUAAACCAUCCAAUGUAUUAUAUGCAGACGAUUCUGGUGAUGCAUCUUCCCUGAGAAUAUGCGAUUUUGGUUUUGCAAAACAGUUGAGAGCUGAAAAUGGUCUUUUAAUGACACCGUGUUAUACUGCAAAUUUUGUCGCACCAGAAGUGUUAAAAAUGCAAGGUUAUCAUGCUGCAUGUGAUGUAUGGAGUUUAGGUGUAUUAGUGUAUACAAUGUUAUUUGGACAAACACCAUUUGCAAUUAAACCAAAUGAAUCAUCUGAAGUAGUUUUAUCACGUAUAGAAUCUGGUCGAUUAGAUUUAAUCAAUAAUAAUUGGAAUAAAAUAUCUGAUUCAGCAAAAGAUUUAUUGACAAAAAUGUUAAAUCCCGAACCAUCUAAACGUUGUACAGCUAGCGCGAUCUUAUCACAUCCAUGGGUUAAAAAUCGUGAUCAACUGUCACCAGAAUUAUUGACCGACGUUUUGUUAAAUGAUGUCACUCAGACAAAAAAUUCAGUCGAAGCUACAUUUAGAGCAUUGAAUAGUACUAGUAAAAUACCAAUACUUGAACCAGUUGAAUGUUCUACAUUAGCUCAACGUCGUGUUCGUGCCAAAUCGAUUUUAACAAAUCAAAUCAAAGUAGAAGAAAGGCAUUGA